AUGCAGCUGGUAGCCAGCCUCGUCGCCGUGAUGCUGUUGGCCUGGAGCGUGAGAGCGUCAGUGCUGCCCAGAGAGGACAUGUUUUCGGUUCACAGCAGUAGGGAGCAGUUCAAAGUCCGGAAAGGCCUGAUUCUGAAAAUGCUGGCAGAGCUGCUGGAUGAUGUGGAAACGCAGCACGAGGCCACGGCUUCCUUUUAUUCGGACGAUCCGCCCGCAAGCGAGCUGGAGGAAGAACACUCGCCCACCCGCAAAGCCCCCUGCAAAAACUACUUCUGGAAAACCUUCACCCCUUGCUAG